AUGGCCUCCGACGAACUUCUCGGGUCGUCUUUAAUUACAUCCUCUCUGAAAGGGAUGCUAGAAUGCUCCGUCUGCUUGAACAAAUAUAAAGACCCCAGAAUUCUACCUUGCCAUCAUGUCUUCUGUAAGACAUGUAUCGAUGGCCUUAAAGUGCAGGAAAAUGGCUUAAAGUGUCCUACUUGUAGCUCGACUUGUAGAGAGAUGGCUUCUUUAGAUGGAAUAAUGAAUAGGAGUUUCCCGCCAGCUUUUCACAUCAACAAUCUCCUGGACUUGCGAUUGGAUGAACAAGAACAAGAAGUCUUGGAUCUUUCUUGUCCCGUGGACAAAAAGCCUCUGGAUUUUUUCUGUGAGAAAUGCCUUGACUUGAUCUGCAAAGACUGCGUACCUAGAUCACAUCAGGGCCAUGUUUGCAAAUCUGUAACUGAAGCCAUUCCCAAACAAAAAUCUGUUUUGCAAAGUCAUUCUGAACAAGUGAAGGAGGAGGAGGUAUUCAUUCAAAGUAAAGUAGAAGCCUUAAAAGAGAGGGAAAGGAUUGUGUUCGAGCAAAAGGCCACAGUCAAAGCUGAAAUCCGCACAAAAGCUAGGGAGCUGAUCAGAAUGAUAAAGUCGUCAGAGGAAGAUUUGAUUGCAAAAGUAGAUGAAAUUGUCCAAAGUAAACUUGAUCCUCUUAAAGAGAAGCGACAGUUUCUUGAGGGCAUGCAGUCCAAAAUGAGAAACUUACAAGAACAGGUCAGCAAGUGUCUCAAUUCAGGUGGCAAGCAAGGAGUACUCAACAUGGCAAAGGAGCUGAUACCCAAAAUGGAGGAGGUCAAAAGCAGCGUGGAUAAAACCAAAAUGAAUCCCACUGAAGUUGCCGAUUUGACUUUCAUCCAGGAUCCUAAGUGCAUGGAAGCUGCAAGACACCUUGGGGAUUUAUCAGCAACCUUUAAUGAUCAAUGCAACGUUGAAGUGAUCAGUGUUUCGUGCUUUGACAAUAAGAGACCUCAAGUAUUUGUCACCGUCUCAAUCAAGUAUGCUACCAGACCUGCCUAUGCUAUUGCUCCUUGCUUAUCAAUCAUAUGCCUCAUUCAACCUCCCCAAGUGGCUGAGAGUAUUAAAGGUGAGAUUUCAUUAGGUGACGUCCCAAAUCAAUAUGUCAUAAGAUUCCGUCCCAACAGAAAUGGGGUGCAUAAGUUGUGCCUAAAAAUCAAUGAGAUCUUAGCUGAGAAAAAACCCAUUGUUGUUCCUUUCAAUCCUGUUUUUAUCAAAAGGAUUGCUCCAACUGCAUGCAUUAAGAGUGAUCUCAUGUCUAAGCCAAUAGGUCUCACUAUGUCAAAAGAUAAGAUCAUUGUAUUGACUGAUUACAAUAAAUUAAUAAUCCUGGAUAAGAAUGGCAAUAAUCCCAAGGUGUACAAGCAAACAACCAAUGGCCAUCGUUUCUCAUUCACAAGAGAUGCAGCUGUCACUCCUGAUGGUUGCCUACUGAUGACAGAUGAAUACAGCAUACUAAAGGUAUCAAUGGAUGGGAAGCUAUUGAAAGAUAUUGGCUGCAAAGGUAGUGGUAAAGAACAGUUUAAUAAUCCGUUUGGCAUUACCAUUGAUGAAAAUACCGGUAAAGUCUAUGUUGCUGAUCUUGAAAAUCAUCGCAUUCAAGUCCUCAAUCGGGACUACUCGUUUUCUCAUUUCUUAGGCUUAAAAGGAAAGGCACUGGGUUAUUUUGAGCAGCCUAAUGGCACUGCUCUUGAUUCUCAAGGUAACGUAUUUGUGACUGAUACGUUCAAUCACAGAAUACAAAAGUUCUCACAAUCCGGAGAAUACAUAUCCUAUUUUGGCUCAAAGGGGCCUAAUCCAGGCCAAUUGAAGCUCCCAGAGAAGAUAGUCAUCAACAAUGAUUACAUUUAUGUCACUGAGCAUCUUAAUGCCCGCAUCUCUGUCUUCACGACUGAAGGUAUCUUUGUUCAAUGUUUUGGGAAUCAAAGCAGUGAGGGAGGACUGGUUUGGCCACGUGGACUCACUUUUGACGAAGAUGGCAGUCUCUAUGUGUGUGAUUUUAAAUCACACUGCAUCUUCAAGUACUAAAAAUACACUUGCAACUGUGCAUUAUUUUAGCCAUUUACCUUUUUGUUUGUUUAAACUUUUGAUUAGCCUAUUAAUGAGACUUUCAUGAUUAA